AUGGAACGAAUAAAUUUUAUAAUUCUAUUCUCUUACAUAACACUUUUUAUUCAAUAUGCAAGCGUAUAUUCAUUUAACCAAUCCAAAGGCAAAGGGAAUAAUGUGGAUGUUUUGGGCACCACAACAAGGUCUCCCAAGGCUAAUGAAGAAGAAAGGUAUUUUAAAGCUAGAGAAAGUAUGGACGAAAUAACCAAUGCAAGAAAAGAAAGAAAUGGUUUUAAAAUAAGAAAAAACGUGAAUAAAUUGUACAGCACACUGUACCCGAACGAGAUGGAAAUGGAAGAAGAAAUUCGAGAAAAUCAAGGAUAUAAUGAACAUGUGAAGAACAAUAUGGGUAAAUAUUCCAAACACGAAAUCCAAGAUAAAAAUAAAGAUUACGAUAUUUUAAAAUCAUCCACAUAUGGCACAGCAGGGAGAAAUGGCAAUGAAGUAGUGCGACACAAUCGCGGCCGGGUUCAUUUCCCAAAUGGAAAUAUUAUGAACAAAGAACUUUCAGGGAGUUACUUGGUUUCCCCAGGGGAAUUUCUACACAACAACAGCAUCAUUGUAGAAGGUAGCAACAACGAAGAUGAGACCACCAUUGCAAAUAAUAGCAUCAAUGCAGAAGGUACCUCCAAUGGAGAAACCAGAAUCAUUACUAGUAGCUGGGGUGGAGGAGGAGGAGGAGGUAACAACGACAAGUACAUCACAGAUAAGAAAAAUGCACUCCACAUAUUAGGUAGUAGUGAAAAAAUGAAGAGUGAAUCCAAAUUUGCCAUGGUGGAUUAUUUAAAGGAUUUUUUUCAAAACUCUGAAUACAUGAAAAAGUUUCAAAGAUUCAUCGAAAUUUUUUUUAACAAAUAUGAUCAGCGUGUGUUGGAGUCCACUAUUUUUUUUAAUUUUGACGAGACGCUCUUUUAG